AGUCUCUUCUCUGAGCUUCGCAGAGCUGCUUGUGUUUGUGCUUUUUUUUACCCUUUCGCCCACAACGCUGUUCAAACAUUUUUUUUUGCCUGAACUGACAAGACUUAAAGAAGCAGGCAGAGGGUGUUACUUUUCCUUCUGCAUCAUGUUACCCUGGAGAAGGAAUAAGUUUGUUUUGGUGGAGGAUGAUGCCAAGACUAAGCCCAAGAGUCUGGGGACAGGGCUGACCUACCACUCCAUCCUCUCCUCUCUGCUGCGCUCAUGUCCAGACUUGCUCCCUGACUGCCCCUUUGACUGGGUGGGCAGCAUCUUUCAUACCAAACGGCAGAAGGUGGAACUCAACAAAGAGGAGCCCGUUUACACCGUGCGUUACCUUGGGAGUGUGGUUACCAUCACAGCAAAGGGAGACGGCUGUUCCCAGGAGGCGGUGGCCAAGAUCUGGGCAAGGAGCAACUAUGGGGAGCAGAGUGUCAAGAUGAGGUUGACGGUGGGGUCACAGGGCAUAAGAAUGAGUGCUGACAAAUCUGGGAAGAAGAAACCCAUCCAUCUGUACUCUCUGAACAGAAUCACCUACUGCGCAGCCGACCCAUGCCGGCCCAAAAUCCUGGCUUGGAUCUACAGGCACCAGGUGAAAAACAUGGCGGUGGUGCUCCGGUGUCACGCUGUGCUGGUCAGCAAGUCAGAGAAAGCUCAAGCGAUCGCCCUCAGCCUCUACCAGAACGCCACCUCGGCUUUCAGCGAGUUCAAGCGGCUGAAGCGUCAGAGCGAUUUCCGGCACCGCCAGCAGCAGCUGCUGGGCGAGGAAGCAGUACCCCUGAUGCCACUUAGGAGGCUGCUGAAUGGGCAGUGCCACUACAAACCGCCUGCUGAAAACCCGGGCACCACCACUCGCCUCUGCUCCAUCACAGAGGAAGAAGAAGAGGAAGAAGAGGAGGAACAGGACAGCAGAAAUAAAAACAACAAAGAGAAAGAGGCAAAGGAGAAGCAGAAGGUCCUGACAACAAACACAGACCCGACUCAGCUACUAUCAGAGCUGGACAUUGGGGACAUCGCCCGACUGGAGCAGUGCCAAAUCAACUUUGUCAGCGACAGCAACAACAAUACGUUUACAUUCAUAACCUCUCUUGUGUGACUGUGAUGUAGUUUGCGGAAAGCAACUCUCCAGCUCAGUAAGACAUUCCUCUCUUUGCCCUCCACCGGCUCCCCACUCAGGCUCCCUCUGUCCACGUCUGUUCAACGUGAAAGUGUUUUUACCAGAAACUUCUCCCACUGUCGGGUGGAGGCGACGGCGCGAUUCUUCAGUGGGAGCGAUUUUUCUUCCUCCCAGAUGGCUCCGAGGUUUGGCUGUAGCAGUUUGGGGAACUGCUUGUUUACACAUGAGGGCUAACACACAGACCGACGACAGCACAAUGACGAACGAGGACAGCUGUUCACAAGAGCACCAACGAUGCUGAGAUAGCUGAACAUGGGUCUCUUAUCUAGGAGAAUUUUCUUUUUACUUUUUUUAAGGAAAAUUAAAGCAGCGUUUACCAGCAAGGACUUGUCAUAGAUUUUUCAGGGAGGCUUCUUUGUAAAUUUGUAAAUUUUUCUAUUCUGACUGAAGUAUUUAUUAUGCUUUUACAAAUGGUCAAGGACGAUUAACAAACAAGGCUAUAAUUCAGGAGGGAAGCCAUUGAGUUGAAAUCUAUAUUCUUGCCGUUUGUUACCAUGCAUGGACAAGCCUCCCAUCCUGUUUUUCGUCUCUGAUCCUUUAGCUCUUAAAAAUCAACACUGUGAUUAAAAUUGUAUGACCAAGGGAACAUCCAGAAAUAUUCAUGCACCACUUUACUGUUUAUGUCUUGUAUUUUCAACAUAUCAGUAUAUCAGUGUUUUUCUGUGACAUGGCUUCAUCUUUUUUGAGUUUUACAAUUUAGUUUGUUUUUCCACGAGCCCUUGCAAAAACGGACACAGACCCUCGACGCUUAACUCAAUCUGUUUUCAAAGAUUAGCUUUCUUAACUGUGCUCUAUGUAUGCUACUGUCUCUAGAUGCUUUGUAAUAAAUAAAAGAUGAAGCUAUUUAUUUUCCAAAUGCGCUAAAUAAAAGUUGCGCUCA